AUGCCAAGGAAACGGGAACAUUUUAAGAACCUCUCCAAAAGAAGUCAACGUAGGCGUAUGAAUGAGGAUUGUCAGAAAUUCAAUGAGACACUAGAAAGCCAUGAUGUGUCUAAUGAACUUACUAUUAACAAAAAUCUUUUAAAUAUAACAUCUUCUAAUUCAAUUAAUGUUUCCUCAAUUUAUUUUGAAGCUUUACAUUCUGAGGAGUGCAACAAAUCGUCUGAUGAAAUAAUAAGUGAUGAGGUUGAAUUCACUUUGAGUAAUAUAACUUCAGAUUCAGAGUGUUCUUCGGCUGAAAGCACAAUUUCUGAUAUUCCAUUAUUAAUGGAUGAAAGUUCUGAUCAACCUCAAGAAUCUCCCCAUGCCUUACAAAAUUUUCUUCAAAGGUGGUCUAUUCAACAUAAUGUAACUCAUAAUUGUUUAUCUGAUUUACUAAAGGGAUUGAAAGAAACAGUUCCAGUUUUGUCCUCUGCUUUACCAAGUGAAUCUAGGACAUUAUUGAAAACUUCAAAAACUAAAUUUUGUUCAAAAAUAGUUUUUCCUGGGAAAUAUAUUCAUAUAGGACUUGAAAAACAACUUAAAAGAAUUAUAUCUGGUCCUUUUCAAGAUUUAAUUGAUUGUUUCAAACUGAUAAUUAAUGUAGAUGGUAUUCCAAUUUUUAAAAGUUCAAACAUACAAGUCCUACCAAUUUUAUUCGGAGUAUUAUCAGAUGUAAAUUAA